UCCUCCCAUUUCUAUGGUCUUCUCACGCAACCAACGGCCAUUUUACAAAGCAAGCCUCGGGAGUCCAGGUUACCAGCUCCACUGUAGUUUUUGAAUAUAGUCCGUUGUUUAACUCUAUCUAUUACUCUCGAAAUAUUUUAACGGUUUUCCCCAGUCUGCUUGUGUGAGAAUGUCUCGUGACCGGUCCCGUAACCGUGGAGGAUUCCAGCACCGAGGCCGCGGAGGAAUGGGGAUGCGCGGCGGCAUGGGAAACCCUAACUUUCGAAAUCAAAACCAGCAUCCUUAUCAAAACCGGGGAGCUCAUAUGGGUGGCGGGUUUAAGCCGAAUCAGGGAAACCAACCCAACCAGCCCUCUACGCCACAGAAGCCGCAAGAAUCCAAUCAGAACAAGCCAGCGGUCCAGUCACCUCCGGCGCAAGCCCCGGGCCUGACCCAGCAGAGCAACAACAAAGGCCCGUCGCCGCAGCCGACCGCCAGCCCCGUUCAGCCGAAGAUCCAGUCUCCACCGCCGCAGAAUACCGUGAAGAGCCCGGACCUCGCUUCCCCGCAGAACCAGCCCAGAAAGAACCAACCUAAAGUUGGGAUGGGAAAUGGCCAAAAACCGCCUGUUCCGGUGAUGAAAGCCCCAGAGCAGACACCUCCACCACCACCACAACAACAACCGAUCACCAAGAGCGAGGACAGCUCUCAGCCUCAGGAAUUGAGAGCAACGCUGUCUUUGCUGCGCAAGCCCGGCGAGAAAACCUACACUCAGCGUUGCCGUCUGUUCAUUGGGAACCUACCAAACGACAUCACUGAACCUGAAUUCAGGAAACUGUUCGCAAAGUAUGGGGAGCCCAGUGAGAUUUUCAUCAAUCAAAGCAAAGGUUUUGGAUUUAUCAGACUGGAAUCCCGUGCCUUGGCAGAGAUCGCAAAAGCUGAGCUGGAUGAUAUUCCAAUGAAAGGCAGACCACUUAGAGUUCGUUUUGCCACUCAUUCUGCUGCACUUUCUGUGCGAAACCUGUCUCCGUUUGUGUCCAAUGAGCUGCUGGAAGAAGCCUUCUCUCAGUUUGGAAUGGUGGAGAGGGCUGUAGUUAUCGUAGAUGACCGUGGCCGCUCAACAGGGAAGGGCAUUGUUGAGUUUUCUUCCAAGCCAGCUGCACGGAAGGCCCUUGAUCGGAUCAGUGAUGGAGUGUUCCUUCUCACAUCGGCACCCCGUCCGAUUGUGGUUGAAUUGUUAGAACAGUACGAUGAUGAGGAUGGUUUGCCAGAGAAACUUGCACAGAAGAACCCCAGUUAUCAGAAGGAGCGAGAGCAACCUCCUCGGUUUGCCCGUCCUGGCACCUUUGAGUUUGAAUACUCCCAGCGAUGGAAGUCUCUUGAUGAGAUGGAGAAACAACAGAGGCAACAAGUGGAGAAAAACAUCCGUGAGGCCCGUGAGAAGCUGGAAGGAGAGAUGGAAGAUGCCUAUCAUGAGCAUCAAGCAAACAUGCUCAGACAGGACCUUCUUAGACGUCAAGAGGAACUCCGUCGCAUGGAAGAGUUGCACAGUCAGGAAAUGCAGAAGCGUAAAGAGAUGCAGCUCAGGCAAGAAGAGGAACGCCGUAGAAGAGAGGAGGAGAUGAUGCGGCAGAGAGAAAUUGAAGAACAGAUGAGGCGCAAACGUGAGGAGUCUUACAGAAUGGGUGGCUUUAUGGAUAAUAGAGACCGGGAGAUGAGAAUGAAUUCUAGUGGAGGCCUGGGGUUGGCUGAUAUGCCGUUUGGGUCACCUAGCCAGAAGUUCCCAUUGACAGGAAUGAAUUUUGAAGGACACCAGGGAAUGGGGGGAACAACACCAGGGGGCAUGGCGCCCAACGAAAUGGGGCCUCGGGUGAUUGAAGGAGGUUAAGCAGCAUCAUAUACUUUGAAAUAUGGGUCAACCAAGGAACCUGUUCUCAGCAACUGAGCACUAUGAGCACUAAAUUUUCCUGUACUGUGGAUAAUAAUGUGCAGUCCUGUUGGAGUGUGACGUGACGUGGCAGCUUGGGAAAUCUUGAAUGCGGCACUGGAUGCAUCAUGAUUAUAUCCAAUUUUUAAAUAAACUACAUAAAGAUCCCUAUGUCUGGUUUUGGGAAAAAAAAUUGAGAUGAAACCAUUGCAUUUUACCUUGAACUGCAGAACCUUGAUCAUGUAGCUGACUUUGUUUUAGAGUUGCUAAAUAAUAAUUUAAUAGUUUGGAUUAGCACAGUAUUUUAAUGUCUAUUCAUUAAACUUACUGGCAAAAUUUAGAGAGGCAAAAGACACUGGCUGUUUAAGAGUUUGUCCUGUAGGUCUACAAAUGCAGACAGACCUCUGUAACCCAGUAGCACCCAGGCUGCUGUCCAGUAUCAAUUAAGGUCAAGGUGCUAUGUUUCUCUUGUUUUAUCACUGUUGUGUCCUAUUGGCUGACAGCUACUUCUGGAAAUCGUUCAAAAAGGAAAAUAAACCUGCAGUCUGAGAA